AUGGGGAUAUUGUAUGGCAUGGUGGCAAGAGGUCUUGUGGUCUUGGCAGAAUUUAGCAGCAUUGCGCAAACAAAUGCAAACACCGUAGCAAGGCAGAUUCUUGAUAAAAUCCCUCGUGGAAAUGAAGAUAGUAAUUCAUCGUAUUCUCAUGAUCGUUACAUUUUUCAUGUUAAAAGAACCGAUGACCUUACCGUUCUUUGCAUGGCUGAUGAUGCCACCGGACGGAGAAUCCCAUUUGAAUUUCUCGAGGAUAUUCAUCAAAGAUUUGUGAAGACAUACGGCCGUGCAAUUCAUACAUCUGCUCCCUAUGCCAUGAAUGAAGAGUUUUCCAGGAUCCUGAGCCAACAGAUGGACCAUUUUUCAAAUGAUCCGAAUGCGGAUCGAUUGAACCGUUUACAGGGUGAAAUGAGUCAUGUAAGGAGUGUCAUGAUCGACAACAUUGACAGGGUGUUGCAGAGGGGAGAUCGGCUGGCGCUGCUAGUUGAAAAAACUUCCACAUUGCAAGGAAAUACAAUUCGCUUUCGGCGACAGACUCAGCGUUUCAGAAAUACACAGUGGUGGAGAAAUUUCAAGCUCAAGGCUACAUUGAUACUUUUUCUCUUGAUUUUCAUUUAUACUGCACUCGCAUUGUUCUGUCAUGGUCCCUCACUUCAUUCCUGCUUGAAGUAA